AUGCUCCAUCUAACACCCACUUUCCGCGCCCAAGACCGUGCCCGCUUGGCUUACAGCCUGCCCAAUGCACGCCUGCCACCCUCCCAGGCUCAUGCGACAUCCACGGUCCCAGCAGCCCCAGAGCCGAGAAAGGCACCCCACACAUCGGUUCUGAAGCAGGUGCACUUGAGGCAGCUCCUGCGCGUGGCUGUGCGGGGCGCGACGGAGGCCGAAAAGCUGCGCGCCCUAUCGUGUCGGCGGACGGCGGCUAAAGCUCUGCGAUCCGGGAACGUGUUCAAGAGGGAGCGGAGGCCGCGGGAGAUGUCUAGCGAUGAGCUUUGCGGGAAUCUGGUUGAGGAGAGGCGGAGUCGGGUGGGGAGUCGGACGUGUCUGUGCGGCGCGUAUCUGGUCAGUGCCAGAAAAAUGCUCAUCGCAUCAUGUCCAGGGACUUCGGUGCCUGAACCGCCGAUCGCGACUGCCCAAGUGGGAUCAUCCCCUGGUGGGCGCAAGUUAAGAAGAAGCAAAUCCCACCACUCUCUCAGCACGUUGGUCAGCGGUGGCGUUGACUCCCGCUUGGUAGUGCAGGAUGAUUCUGCAAUAUCUCUCAAGCGCAAAUACUCUCCGACGACCGCUGCAGUAGCAUCUCUGCUCCUUUGCCUUGCUGCUUGGUUUGCGGGUCCGCACUUGGUCUCUCUCGUACUGAACAUCCGCGCUCUCCACCGCGCUCUCUACGCACCGGCGCUCCCGUCAGGCGCCGCGGAUCUGGAUAGCAUCCGACCGCUCAUUUCAGAGAACGACACCUUCGACAUCGCGGUCGCCGUGUGGAUGCGUGCGCCCAACGACGACUCGGAGGGAGGUCGUCUUGCGCGGGCUGCGCCUCUCCACGAAACACGCCUCGGCGCGCGUCCCCCUGCGCAUCCCCACACAGCCAAUCCUUGCGUCCGUGGCCUCGCCAUCCGACCUCCGCGCGGCGUUCGUCCUCGUCCCCGCGUCCCCGUCGCUGGUGGACCACGCUGUGGGCUUCUCGUCGUGGAUGCCGCCGGCGGUUAUCGAGGGCACGCACGAGAGAGGAAGACGGCGCGCGAUGACGUCAUCGAGUCGUUCUCUGUAUCGAUUCCGCUCCUCGAAAUGCGCGACGUGGUGGUCGAGAAAUGCCCGCUCGAGGGUCAUAUUGAGGAAUCCUCGGGGAAUGCUGUUGUGGGAAGCAGUCGGCCGCAUGUCGUGACCCGGACACAACUGAGAGUCGUUCGGGAGACCGGGCACUUGGACGCUGCCGCAUAUAGAGCUGCUAUCCACGUUGUGCAACGGAAAGCUCAAUUUGCUUAUGCUCUCUAUCUCGAUACCAAGAAGCACGCCACAGGACCCAUGGACCUCGUCCCCAUUCUCCAAGAGAAGUGUCGCCCAGGUCGAUCUGACGACGAUUUCGUGGAUGUCAUGUGGCGGAUCGCUUUCUCCGUUGUCUCGCCCACGCACCAAACGCUAGCGGAUAAUUUUGUGGCGCCUGAGCCGGAGGAGUUCUCAGACAGCCCCUUGGCUAGAAUAUCCCAACAGGAUACGGCUGAAUUAUGGAGUAGGGGCGAAUUGUGUGGAUACGGUACUGCGUUGACUGUGAGGCCUCUAGAUGGUGCCUUUGGCCACCGCUUCCAUGACGAUGCUCACCCUCGUCGGCGGAUCUUCAUCCAGUCACUUUCCGCGAUCUCGAUCCUCGUUUCGAGCUGUUCAACAGUGCAUUACUGGCUCGCCCGGACGUCGAGUAGCGGUAUCAGCACCGAGUCUGCAGCCUUUCUUGCGACUGGCAGCGCUCUGGGUGCGAUCCUGGACUCGAUGGACGAAAGCGCUUUCCCGAUCGCUGUUGUUGCCUAUGGCUCUACUGACGCCGUAUCUGAUGUGCAGAUGUGUCUUUCGAUGGACGCGCUGGUAUCCAUCAUUCACAGCCAGUCACGCGCGAGACCGGGAGCGCGCUACGCACAGGCUCGAUCAGCGCUGUCCGCCGUGGAUCUGGAUCGCGGUGCGUGGCUGUCUCUGGGCGCAGCGCAAGAAGCAGGUGCCGAGGUUGGCUCAUUCUCUUCUCAGGUCUUCGCGGCGCUUGUCGUGCUUUACCUCGCCCUCGACCCAGACACGGUCACGUUGUUACCGACCACCGUGCCCCAGGCACGUCUGGGCGAGUCCACAGCCGAAAAUCCGACCCGCGGCUUCUUCGCUGCUGUGGCCGUCUGUCUGCGCACAACCGGGACCCUCGCACAAAUGCUGCUGAAUCAUCGAAUGCGGCGAUUCGGAGGGGCUUACCGUCUGGGGGUCCUGUUCUUCUUUGUUGGAUGUCUGGUGGACUUGCUUUACUUUGUACCGGCUGUCGUCGGACGCAUGGAGGUGCGCAUGGGCCUGACGCUGACGCCUGUGGCGGAUAUCGCAGGGCAGCUCCCGCUGGUGUUUCAGGCUCUGUCGCUGAAGCCCGUAGUGUCAGAAUGCAUGAAAGACAGUACUACGUAG